AUGGGGCUUGAGUUCUCCAAAGUGAUGCCCGUGGCGGGCAAGCUCCGGAGGGUCCUAUCAAAGUGCAAAGGCUCAAGAGUGCAGCGGCCGGGGAAGUCCAGCCCCGGGAGAGGCACCUCAAGCCCGCCGCGGGGCUCCUCAUUAGGAGCACUGAGCAGAAAGGCGUGCAGCCCCUCUGAAGCCUGCUGCUUGGGCAGUGCAGUUUGGGCGGGACCUCCCGUCCUCCCACUUCUGAUGAGGAACCUGAGGCCCAGAGGGGUGAAGCGGCUGGCCCCGGGUCCCGCGGCGCGGCGCGGGGAUGCACGGGCUGCAUGCACCCUGCAGGAACCCCCGCCUCCCCGGGCUGCGGACCCAGAGGCCGGCGCCCUUUCCCGCUGCACCGCCGCUCCUCGUCAUCCGGUCCGCGGGAUUCCGCCCCGAGGUCCGCAAGGAGAGACCUGGGCGCCGAAGGGGGCUCCCUACGGAGGCCGCCCGGCCCCUUCCGCGGGUCUGCAGGCUGGGGCCGCGGGCUCGCGUGCGGACCCGGAGCUCGGGCUUCGGCCCGCCGAGCGGAGGCCACCGAGGGGCCGGCGCAGCGGGUCCGGGGCCGGGGCCGGCGAGGGCUCCAUCACGGUCUCCCUCCCCGCCCGGCCCAGCCCAGGCUCCGGCGCCCGCCGCGAGAGAGACCUGCCAGCAGGCCUACCUUCUCCUGGCCCGGCUCAGCGGCACAUCGCCACCUCGGGCCGGGAGUCUGAGGCUCGGGGAACAGGCGGACGACGCUGCGAAGGAGCAGCCGGGAGGCCCCGACACGGCGGGACGGAGGGCCGAGCACGGAGGCGAAGCGACGCUUCGGCGCCACCUAGCGGCAGUCCGAGGCGCUUAGAUCGACAAGGCCCCGAGGCCGAGGCAGGCCGCGGACAAGCUGAGGGGCCUGGAAAGCCGGGAACGAGACAAAGCUUCCUCCGGUCCCGCGGGGCCCAGAUGGCCACUCACCCUCUCUUAGGCACUGCCGCGCCGGACGCCGACUUCCGCACAUUGGAUCCCGUGGCAGCGCCGGCCCCUCCCGCUUCCCUCCUUUCGCUGCCUCGGCCUCUCCCCGCCUGGGCGCGGAGCCCUUUCCCUAGGCCCCGCCCGAGCCCUGUAGGGCGACCUUGGGCAGUCCCCUUAACCUUGCAGGUCCUCAGUUUCCUUAUGGCCCGGCUUCUUUCCAGGCUCAGCUCACACCCCACUCUCCGUAGGGGGCCUUUCCUGCCCCCACCCCUCUGCCUUCGCUCCAGCUACUUCGUACUGAGGGAACCUCUGCUGACAAGGAAUGCCAGACCUAGCUGUGCUGCAGAGAGGUGGCUAGGGGCAAGAAGGAACCAGCACACACCCAGUGAGUGCAGAAGCAGGGGGGUGGGGACGCUGCUGGCUGUGGGCACUUACAGGAAGCUGGAGGCCCUGGUCUUAGUUCCAGGCCACAGAGGAGAAGUGAAGGAGGAUGUGAGGCUAGAGGCACCAUCUCCCAUCCUCCAGGGCUAG